AUGGUGCCCAGAGUGCCGGUCCUAGGAUUUAACGCCUCCUUCUUUAUCAAGCAUAUAAACACCCAAUUCUAUACAAAGCUCUUGCCCCAACCUGCCCGUGGUAAUUCGGCGAUGACGUGGACCUCGGCCCUGGGGCUGCUCCUUCUCUGCGGAUUCAGCCUGGCAGCUUUGCCACAUAAGCCUGAGAACAUUUCUUGCAUCUUCUACUAUAAGCACAAUUUAACCUGCGCUUGGAGUCCCGAAAAGGAAACCAGUGACACAUGGUAUUUCGUUAACAGAACUUACUGUUAUGGAAAAGCAAGCGAUAAUUGUACAAGUAAGAAUCAGGCCUCGUGUUCUUUUCCCCAUCCAAGAGCAACUAUUCCAGAUAAUUUCACCAUUGAAGUGGAAGCUCAAAAUGCAAAUGGGAUGAUGAGAUCUGAUAAGACAUUCUGGCUUUUAGAUAACAUAGUGAAAAUCGAACCACCUGAGAUUUCCUAUGUGCAAACGGUUUUGGGUGUCCCCAAAGUGAUUCAAGUAAAAUGGAACAGGCCUCCUUUGGCACCUAUUUCAGCUACUUUAAAAUACACACUUCGAUACAAGACAGUGAGUGGUGACAAGUGGAAGGAAGUCAACUUCACCAAGGAGCCCCGCACAGAAGGGAAAUACAACCUCACGGGGCUGCAGGCCUUUACGGAGUACGUCUUAGCUCUGCGCUGUGCAGCCCAGGAGUCAAGGUUCUGGAGCGACUGGAGCCAAGAAGCAAAGGGAACCACUGGGGAACAAGUUCCCCUUGGCCUGGAUCUGUGGAGAGUCCUGGGACCCCCGGAAGCAAAUGGAGGAAGACCAGUGCAGUUGUUGUGGAAGGCAAAAAGAGGCCCAGUCGUGGGGAAAACACUUGGAUACAACAUAAGGUACUUUCCAGAAAACAGGCCAAACCUCACAACGACAACAAACACAACUAACCAGGACCUUGAAGUGUUUCUGGGAAACAACACCUAUUGUGUGUUUGCAAGAGCUUACAAUUCGAUUGGGAAGUCUCAAGAGACCAUGCUGAGGAUUCCUGCUAUUCAUGAAAAAUCAUUUCAGUGCAUGGAGGUCAUGCAGACCUGCUUCAAUGAGGACCAGCUGGUGGUGGAGUGGCAAAGCUCUGAUCCAAAGGUGGACACAUGGAUUGUUGAAUGGCUCCCAGAAUUGGACUCUGAGCCUGUGGCUAGAUCCUGGGAGGUUGUGUCUCAGGCUAGGAACUGGACAGCUCCAAAAGACAAAUUAAAGCCUUUCUUAUGCUAUAACAUCUCGAUAUAUCCAAUGUUUCAAAACCAAGUGGGCGAGCCUUGCUCCAUCCAGGCUUAUGUCAAAGAAGGAGUUCCAUCAGCAGGUCCUGUGACGAAUGUAGCAAACAUUGAUAAGAGGACAGUCACGGUAACAUGGAAAGAGAUUCCCAAGAGCCAGAGAAAUGGUUUCAUCAUCAACUACACCAUAUUUUACCAAGCUGAAAAUGGUGAAGAACUGUCCAUGACAGUCAACUCCAACACUCUGCAGUGUGAGCUGGAGUCCCUGGCACGAAAUACCCCUUAUACGGUCCAGGUCAUGGCCAGCACCAUUGCUGGGGGAGCCAACGGAACCAGGGUCAACUUCAAAACAUUGUCACUGAACGUCAUGGAGAUUUUCCUCAUCACGUCUCUGGUUGGAGGAGGCCUUCUGAUUCUCCUCAUCCUGACGGUGGCAUAUGGUUUGAAGAACCCCAACAAACUGAAACACCUUUGCUGGCCCGUCAUCCCCAACCCCGCUGAGAGCAGAAUAGCAGCGUGGCCUAGAGAAGAUUUCAAGAAUAAGCUGAGUCUGAAGAUGGCACAGUUUGCUAGCUCCCUGAGCACCGAAGACAGGAUUCUAGCACUCUACUAUGACACCAGUGACCUUAUCGACAAGUUGGUAGUGAGCUCUGAGAAUUUUCUGGAAGGAGUUUCCACAGAAGAGCUUCUGAAACAUCAGAAGAAUAUUGUUGGAGAGGGGAAGAAUGAAUAUGUGAUCUCCCUCUGCACGCCUGAUCAACUUCUGAGAAAGAGCUUCCACGACCCCUUGAUUUCACCCGAGAUUCCACCCAGAGAACCCCAAGACCUCUUUGUGGGAAUGCCAGAAGGGAUCUGCUCAGAAGCCAAUGAGCAACUUCUCCCCUCGGAUGGAAGUUUGAGGCCAGACCCUGUCUGUCAGGAAGGAACACCAAAUCCAUACUUGAAAAAUUCGGUGACAACGAGAGAAUUUCUUGCAUCUGAAGGGCUCCCCGGCCAAACUGAGAGGGAUGUUUAA